ACAAUGUACGUGAUAGUAAUAAUCGAUUUAAUAAAUCAUCGAUAUCGAAUCACUUUUUCCACUGCGCAAAUGGUAUUCAAAGGCUUUCGGGUGGUUUUUUUUUGCGGAAAAGAGGAUUGGAUGACCAUUUCUGCACAGAGUGGUCCUUUUUUUUGUUUGUGUGCCGCCCUCUUCUAUGUCUUAGUGCAUAAUUACAUCUCGCGUAAAUGAAAUAACCACGGUAGCUUAAUAAAUUGUCACAAGCCGUGUAAAAUCUCGUCCAUUUUAGCGGUCUUAUGUGUGUGUGUGUGUCAAAUCCGAUUUAACGAGUGACGAAAUGCACCCAACCUCGCCUGGGUAGCUAAGAGGCUGCCACACUCCGCCCUCCGCUAGAUGGAAGAAGGUUUUCAUAAACAUGACAAUUAAAUUUGCUUACCACUAAAAGCGGGAUCCUUAACGCUGGUGCUUGUCAGCGCUAGUAAUGGAGAGAGAGAGAGAGAGAGGGAGAACGAGAGGGAGAGGGACGAGAGUGUUUGUAUUUUUUUUUAAAGGCUACUGGUCGCGAAGGCCAUCCGCUGGCCGACGGAGAAGGUGCAUGCAUCCGAUGGUAAAAUAAAUUAUGUUAUAAAAAUCCCAUUAGCUGCGCGUCCUCGGGUCCGGGUAGGGUCGCCCGGUCGGUCGGUUCUUCCCUCCUGCCAUCGGUCGACUGUUCACUUUUGGCGCCAUAAUUUUGUUUAUCCCAAAGCAGUGUCUCCUCACCACACACACCCACACCACACACACCUCUGCCUGCCUGUGUGGGCAUCUUGGUUGUCCACAGUGGAAAAGCGGGCUUCUUCGGUAGCCUGCUCGUCUUCUGCCUGGCCACCGUGACACACAUAUAUAAAUAUCCCACAAGCCAGGAUUUGUUGUGCCCACGAAACUUACCAGAACCCCUCCCCCCGAGAGGAGAACAUUUUUUGCUGCUGUGUGUGUGUGUAAGUCCUCCCGCACCACCGAUGCCCAUUACCACCGGUGUGGUGGCUCCGGGGACGCCCGGCGCAGGAGGUAACCAUAAUUUCUCGGGUGCCAGUCUGUUGUAAUCCCCUAUUAAGUGGUCUCCGGGGGGAUUUCUUUUCGGUUAAUCCUCUUAAACGGUUUCUUAUGUGUUGUUGUUUGUUUGCCCUGCGAGACGCUCGGCGGCACAGGGAGGUGAAGGUGACAGGGUAGCAGAAGGAAAUUCCCAGCCUGUGUUUCUGCUGCCGGGGUUGGAGUUGACUCGAUGAAAAUAAUCGUCCUGUAAUGUGGGAUGUCUGGCAGUGUCGUGUCGAACGGUGGGAAGGUAGCAAAAGAAGUUGGGUUUUGGAUUUGUGGCAUCGGGGAAGUAGGCAAAGCACUCAAGGGAUGGGCGGCGGCUGGUGCUGGUGGAUUAUGUUUAAUGCGUAGGCUUGAGGAGAAAUUAAUUCAUGGGGAUUGAUUUAAUUAGAUAGCAGACAACCGCACAGACAACUUGAGACAACUCUUCCACAGCACCACAACGGGCAGGUCAAUUUGGGGCUGUAAAGUUGGAAGAAAUGGGUGGAUCGUCGGGGUAAAACCUGUUGAAAUUGCUCGACCAAUGUGUGAUUGGUGUUGCCAAAUUGCAAUUCGGAAUUACCCACCACCGAGCUGAAAGGCCCUCCUCCUGUGGCACACAGCCCGAAGCAUCGCUCUCCUAGGCUCUCAUGUCACUUUGGUAAAAACCCGAGGCGCCGGUGUCGCAACCCCUUGGCUGGUGUAAUGCGUUUCGGUAAGAUUGUCGUCGUGAAGUUGCACCUCCGCCAGCGUGUCCCCUAUGCACUUAGCGGGUUGUGUACAUACACGCACUCACGAACACACCCAAUCAUCUCUUGCAAGUGUAACGACGGAGUGCACCGCGCGCAUUGCACCGGAAAGUAUGGAACGCACGGAGGGCGUUAGUGCGUAGCGAAGGAAAGCAAAAGUGAACAACAACAGCAGCAUUGCCCACCUCCUCCCCGGUUUUGUCUUUCCCGGUUGCUAGGCAUACACACGUGGCUAUUAUUGGACGCGUCCCCCCCUACUGCAACACAACGUCCUACGAAGCUGCUAAGAUGACAGUGAGCUAAAGGGAGACGGCAAGGCACAGCAGCAGCAGGGUAGUAGAGCCAGCCAGCCAGCCAACUAUCUAUUUCUCACGGGUAGUCAACUCUCCCACUCUUCGCUGUGCUUUUUUUUGCUUCACCACCAUCACCCACUCGAACUCGGAGUUGUGCGGUUUCGACGGGCUUCGGUGGGCAACACGGCGUCAUUUGUAGUUUUCGAUCGUUCGGCGUCGUUACGGAUUGUUCGAUCAUCGAAGUUGAGUGAGUGCAACCGACUAGUUUUUUGUUUUCGCCAACCGCCAGUUCCCAGCAGUGUGUCUAGCGAAGCACAAGAAUCAAGUGUUUGUUAGUGAAAGUUCUGGAAUGCUAUAAAGUGUACUCCGAAGCAAUCAGUUCAGCUAACACAAGUCGGUGGCGUUCUGUGCAGCAAGCGAAACACCGUCGUCGGUGUUCGGUGUCCGAUAGUACUGCGUCGAGUACUGUGUCUUGGGUGUUGCAACACAGCAUCGCUCGGCCCACUUAUCACGACCCACUACCAGAAACCAGGGAGACCACAAGCAGCAGCAGCGGCAGCAAAAAAGGGCACAACGAAAUCGAAAGGUGUCCAUCAAAGGAGAAAGUCAACUCGCUGCCGACAGUUACACAAUAGCGUCAUCGCCUUUCGUUGUCGCCAUAGUUACUCGAAGGAGGAGGAGGAGGAGGUGGAGCAUUAUCUCACCGUACCAGCGCACGUGAAGCACAGCACAGUAACCUUUUGCCAUCCCGGAGAACCACUUUGCUCGUUCCGUUGCGAACCGGCUUGACAGUUUCGUUCGCCGGCACAGGUUCUGUGAUCUUCCCUUCUUUUUUUUCGAAAGCUCCUCGUCGAAACACACACACAGCUACAAAAUGCAAAAGACCACUGGCAAGGUCAGCAGUCGCAGCGCCGUGAACGUAUGCUGGCUGGUCGGGCUGGGGCUGGUCUGGCUGGUGGCGGUGGCGCUGUCCGGCAGUACCUGUGCCGCCGAAGCGACCACCGCCCGGACGCAGGUCUCGGACGAAGCACUCGACAAAGCGCUCAGCGACAAGCGGUACCUGAUGCGCCAGCUAAAGUGUGCCCUCGGCGAGGUAGCGUGCGAUCCGGUGGGAAAGCGCCUCAAGAGUUUGGCACCGUUCGUGCUUCGCGGCGCUUGUCCACAGUGUACGCCGGCCGAGAUGAACCAGAUCAAGAAAACGUUAGCUCAUUUGCAGCGAAACUUCCCGUCCGAAUGGAACAAGCUGGUGCAGACGUAUGCUGGCUGAAAAGGGGAAGCUGGUGGAGGUCGUUUUCUUCCUCUUCUUCUGCCGUGUGAGUGUGAUAGGAAGAGGCAGAGUCCGCCGGAGGUUUGGUUUGGAAUGGGAGGGAUUUGCGAUAAAGUAUUUUAGGAUGUAUCGAGUAAACGCUGCAAACAGUAUGUGGCAUUGUAGUAGUGUAAGGUGCUCUAGAGGUGUAUGUACAAACUCGAAAGGAAGAAUGGCUGGUAGAAUGUACGAAAAUAUAUGAAAAAAAAAACAAACAAACAAACAUGGAACACAUUGCAAUAAAAACAAAACCACUGUACGCCUAAAGGUAUGCAAAGUCACACAAAUGUCCUUGAAGAGGCGAAAAUAAACAUCAGCAUUCGGCAGUACGGCCGAGCAACCGAGCAGCUGCGUGAUAGUUGCUGCUGCGGAAGAAUGACAAAAUAACGAGCUGCUCGAAAAACGAAUCCAACCGUCAACAGAGAACGAAGAAAGAGAACGAUUGCCACAUCCCCUGAGGGGCAGGGGGUUUUGUUGCAAGCCUCGCAAGGCUCGCAAGGUUUGAAGUAUUUUUGGAUUUGUCGGAAUAAAGUAACGAAAAUGGUUCAUAAACGCGCCAAA